AUGGCUUCCAGUGACAGCGAUUUCCGCUUUAUGGCCGCCAAUGACCUGGCUACUGUGGUUGCUGGGGAUCAGUUUAUUCUUGAUGAUGGAUCAGAACGCAAGUUGGUUGCUGCUGUUUUGAAACUUAUUGACGAUAAGAAUGGCGAGGUUCAGAACAUGGCUGCAAAAUGUUUGAUUCCACUUGUUCGUAAAGCUAAAGAAACUCAAAUCCGGACCAUCAUGGAUGAAUUAUGUAAAAUGUUCACCACUACAGUUGCUGAUCGUGAUGGACUGCGGGACAUUGCUGGCAUUGCACUCAAAACAGUCGUAGUAGAAAUUCCAUUAGAUGCUGCAUUCACGGGCAGUCUUACUCGUCGACUUUUACCUAAUCUGUUGGAACAGUUGCAUCGCACUACUACGUCUACUACAUCAUCGUCGGAUCAAUCUCAAUUGGAUGUCAUUGAUAUCUUGUCUGAUAUUUUUUCUCGUUUGGGUCAGUUUUUGUCUACCCCUGCAGAUGACAUGGCAAAGCAGCUACAGCAAAACUCUAUCCAGACUCUUUAUCCUUUGUUAGAUAAUGCUCGAUCUGCUGUUCGAAAACGAUCCAUCACUGCUAUUGAAUCUCUUGUACCUCACAUUCAGGAUAAUCUGUUUGCUGAACUUGUUAAAAAAAUCAUCAGUGAUAUAAUUGUCAAGGGUGAAAGCUGCCAAAAAUUUCCUGCAAAUCUACAAAAGUUGCAAUCACUUAUUGCAUGCACAUCCGCCAUUGGUCGCUCGUGUUCAUUCCGAUUUGCACCGUAUCUGCACGAGGUUUUUCCACUAGUACUAAAUUAUGUGAAUCUGGACGAUAAUGAUUUGCGUGAACAGUGCAUUCAAACCAUCGAUUCAUUCAUUUUACGCAACCCUGCUGCUAUCAAGACGUACAUCCCUACUAUUAUCCAACUAGGAUUAGAAUACGUCAAAUAUGACCCCAAUUACAAUGAAGACGAUGCAGAUGAUAGUGAAGAUCAAGAUGAGGACGAAGAUGAAGAGGAUGACGAAGAUCAUGAUUACUCUGAUGAUGAUGAUGUAUCAUGGAAAGUUCGUCGUGCCUCUGCAAAACUUCUUUCUUCAUUGAUUGGUACACAUUCAGAAUUCUUAUCUGAGCUAUAUGCACAGAUUGGCCCAACUCUAAUUCGUCGCUUCACCGAACGAGAAGAGAGCGUCCGCAUUGACGUGUUCAAUACGUUUUUGACUCUACUGCAGCAAUCUAUUGUUGCAAAGCAUCAGAAAAGUGAUACCUUGAAUGCUCUGGUUCCUCGCAUUGUCAAGGUGCUGUCCAAACAGCUGGUUGGCAAAUCUAUCCCUACCAGAUUAUCUGGAUUUCAACUUUUGAAACAACUCGUGCUUGUUUUGAGUGGUGGAUUAGAUGACAGUAUUGCUUUAAUUGUCCCUGCCAUUGAAUACCCGUUUAUCAAAACUCCUGGUGCGAUAGGCGGAACAUAUGGGUCGACUACCAACACCAACCUCAAAAUCGAGGUUCUUGAAUUUCUUAAAGUGUUUCUUGAAAACCAUUCGCCUGAACUAUUUCAUCCCUAUAUGAAUCAUCUGGUUCCAUCUGUGCUAGCUGCCGGAAACGAUCAUUUUUACAAAAUUCGUGCAGGAGCAUUUUCUGUCAUGUCGGUGCUUAUUAAAACAUUGAGACCUUUUUCCAUUUGUGUGCCAUUUAUCAACUCUAUAUUCAACUUUACUUUAGAGUGUGUGAAAGCUACCGACACGAGCGUAGAAGUCAAGGAAGCUGCUAUUGGUACCUUGGGCGUAUUAGUACAUCAAGCCUGCGACUUGAUACCCCCAGUGGAUCUAUCUGAUAAAGUAGUUCCUAUUCUUGUCGAUCGUCUUAAAAACGAAGUGACCCGACUCAUGACUAUUCGCUGUAUUACCUACAUGGCAGAAUCUCCUUUUGCCAAUCCACCUUUACAAACAUUGUCUGCCUUUAACCCACAUUUGGCAGUUAUUGUUUCUGAAAUAUCUGCCAAUAUGCGUAAAACCCAUCGACAACUUCGCAUUGCUUCGGUGGUCGCAGUAGAAACUCUUGUACGCAAAUUCAAUUGCCAAUCCAUGUACCCUGAUAUUUUGGAUUUACUCUAUGAUAUGCUUACCGCCGAGUCUGAUCUUCAGAUCCUUCCCAUCUCACUUUCUUUGCUAAUUUCUAUGAUGCAAAAAGGCAACACAUCUUCAACGGUUCAACUGAUUCAAUCCAAAAUUGUCCACGUUAUUAUUACCAUUGUAUGCGAUAUGCCGCAUCUAGUGUCAGGAGGUGCUAGUCUGGAUCUACUUGUUGAUUUUUGGAGGAUAUUGGCUUCUGCCGAAAACGACGCAUAUUCUGCCGAAUGUAUCCAGGAACUCUUGUCCAAGGUCCAGUGUCGUAAAGAGGUAAAUUUGCUAUAUAUUGCAUAUCCAGUAGUAUCCAAGUCAAUUGCAGCACUCACUACAAACAAAAAAUUACAAGUGUCGCCACUGCUUGACAAGUUUAUUACAGACGUUAUUGCAACUCCAGGAGAGCCCAACGCAAAGUAUUUAGCUUUGCUUAGUAUAGGAGAGAUUGGACAUUACCACGAUCUUUUCCAGACAGCACCCACGCUUCAUACUACGCUGUUUAAUUUGUUUGACUCGCCAUCAGAGGAAAUCAAAAACGCGGCAGCGUUUUCCCUCGGUCAUAUUGCUAUUGGAAAUAUGCCACUUUAUCUUCCAUUGAUUGUUGAAGCGGUUCGUGGGGCGACUGUUCAUCAGUAUCUUUCCCUCUUAGCUUUGAAAGAGGUUAUUGAGGUUUCUCUUUGUACUGAAUCUACUCAAACCGCCAUGUCUGCCUAUUUUCCUGGCAUUUGGAAGAUUUUGUUUGAAAAAACAGAUACUGACCUGGAAGACAGUACUUGCAAUGUCGUUUCAGAGUGUUUGGGGUUGAUUUCUACAUCUGAUGCACAGUCCUUUCUUCCUCAGUUGCAAUCGCAGCUAUCUUCUUCCAAACCUACUACUCGAGUCACAGUUGUGAGUGCAGUGAGGUACACGUUUUCUGUUCGAAAACAUGGUGGAUCUGAUGCCUAUAUUUCUUUGCUUGAACCCCUGGUGCUGGAUAUUUUACGACUUAUACAGGACGAGGAUUUGAAUGUUCGUCGGGUUACUAUUGGUGCUUUGAAUGCCGUUGCUCAUUCCAAGCCACAACUGAUUUGCCAGUCCCUUGGAGAGCUUCUUCCCCUGCUGUACAAAGAGACACUUGUGAAUGAGGCGUACAUUCAUGUUGUAGAAAUGGGGCCGUUUAAGCACAAGGUUGAUACUGGUCUGGAUACCCGCAAAGCAGCAUUUGAGUGCAUGUACACACUGCUAGAUUCUUGUAUUUCCAGUAUUGAAAUUCAUGCCUUUAUUGAACGCGCUAUUGCAGGUAUUGCAGAUCCAGCACAUGAGAUCAAAAUCAUCUCGCACUUGAUGCUACAACGUCUUGCCACAGUGAAUAGUAUGGCUCUUUCUGUUACGUUAGACACUGCUGUCGAUGCUCUUCGUGCAACACUUACUUCCAAGACUAAACCCAGUGCUGUGAAACAAGAAAUUGAAAAGCAUCGUGAACUUUUGCACUCCUGCUGUAAGACGGUCAUCUAUAUGGCGCGUACUCAAUCAAGU